AUGAGUACGAAUACCGGAUUGCCCCCCAAUUGGACGAUUAGAGUGUCCAAAACCCAUAGUAAAGAAUACUAUUUGAACCAAGCAACACAAGAAUCAUCGUGGGAUCCACCUUUUGGAACAGAUAAAGAAGUCUUGACAUCGUAUAUACAAAAAUUCAAGAAUAAUAAUUACAAGCCGGUUCCCAAUGAAAAUGGGAAAGUUAGAGUAAGUCAUAUACUAAUUAAAAACGCGCAAUCGAGGAAGCCAAAAUCAUGGAAAUCGCCGGAUGGAAUACUGAUAACACGAGAUGAAGCUGUUGCAAUAGCCCAAAAGCAUUUGGCUCGGAUACUCAGUGGUGAAGCGAAAUUUGGUGAUAUUGCCACAACAGAAAGUGACUGUAGUUCACACUCAAGAGGUGGCGACUUGGGAUUUUUUGGUAAAAGAGAAAUGCAGCCUGCUUUUGAGUCUACUGCUUACUCUUUACAUGUUGGUGAGGUGAGUAAUGUGAUAGAAACUGAUAGCGGGAUACAUAUUUUGCAGAGAACGGGAUAG